GGAAUGUAGUGGAUCGUAAUUUUUUACGUUUUCUUCACUCUGUCAAGUAAUUACAACGCGAAAGAGUAGGUGUUACGAAUUGUAAUUAACAGUAUGGAUUGUACGGAAGAUUGGAAUGGCAAUUGUCAAGAAUUAGAAAAUGAAAUUCAAGAAAAUGAAAAUGAAAAUGAGGAAGUUAACCAAAUUUUACCUGGGUAUGCGAGCUUUCAUGAUUACGUUCAGGAAGCAUACGAUACCAUAAGACUUGGGAUUAAAGUUGCCAAUAAUUUACCUAUUGGUUCAAAUUUCAAUUACUACUCGUGUUUUCCCGACUUUUGCAUAGCUAAGGAUGAAAAUAAAAAAUUGUUACUAAAUAUUAUGCAGCACAUUGUGAGUGCUGCAGAUAUAAAGACCAGUAUUUCGAAUAGAGAUGUCGAAGAAAGAUUUGAACUUUUAUUAGAAACUAAUGACGUACUUUUGGAUCGAGCUAAUGCUUUAAUGGACGAAGAUUGUGGCAUUAGCAAGGUUUCUGGAGUAGAAUUGGUGAUAUCACGUGCAGACAGACAAUCGAUCAAUUGCGGAUGGAACAAACGAAUUUGUCAGCCACCGCAAGAUACAAAGACUGACCAAUCUAUAUGUUUAUUAGCUGGCAAAAACAUUCAAAGACCACAGUUGCUGUUCAAAGAUAAAAUUGAUAAUAGUUACAAACCUUGGUGUCCUAGGAUUAAUGACAAACCGAAUUCUUUAAAACCAUUGGCUAUAUAUCUGGAAGAGGGUGAAAAUGGUGAAGUAUUCUGCCAUCCUUAUGAAUAUGAGCUGGAUAUGUUUGUCCCUCCUAAUGAUCAGUUGAAAAAAUCCGAACCUGUGAAAUAUAAAUCGAUGGAAGAAACACCAUUGGUAAUGAUCAAAGAGUCAUCGGAUAUUAAAUUAUUGUUGGAAGAUUUGAAACAACACAAAGAAAUUGCUGUAGAUUUGGAACAUCAUUCGUAUAGAAGUUUCCAAGGAAUAACUUGUUUAAUGCAAAUUUCAACGGGAGAUACAGAUUAUUUGGUAGAUACUCUGUCAUUGCGAUCUGAGUUGCACGAGUUAAAUGAGAUUUUUACUAAGCCUACCAUAUUAAAAGUGUUUCAUGGAGCAGAUUUAGACAUCCAAUGGCUUCAGAAAGAUUUAUCUCUCUAUGUUGUUAAUAUGUUUGAUACGCAUCAAGCGGCGAAACAACUUAAUCUGCCAUACUUAAGUUUAGCAUAUUUAUUAAAAUGUUACUGUCAUGUAGAUCCUAAUAAAUAUUUUCAAAUGGCCGAUUGGCGCAUAAGACCUUUACCGGAGAAACUUGUGAAAUAUGCUAGAGAAGACACGCAUUACUUAUUGUAUAUAAAGGAUAUAUUGAAAAAUGCUUUAAUAGAUGCUUCUAAUGGACAGAUUAACAUUUUGAAAGCUGUAUAUGACAGAAGCACGGAGAUUUGUAAGAAAACUUAUGUAAAACCAGCAUGGACAGAGGAGAGUUACAUGAAUAUGUACAGAAAGAGUCACAAACUAUUUAAUAAUAAACAACUUUAUGCUUUAAGAGAAUUACAUAAAUGGAGGGAUGAUAUUGCUAGACACGAAGAUGAUAGUAUUGGUUACGUUUUGCCAAAUCAUAUGCUGUUAAAUAUAGCUGAAACAUUACCUCGUGAAAUGCAAGGAAUUCUAGCAUGCUGUGACUCUAUUCCUCCUUUGGUUAGACAGAAUUUAUUAAAACUGCACAAAAUAAUAUUGAAAGCUAGAGAACAGCCAGUUACUAAACCAGUUUUAGAAGACAUUAGGCAAAGAUUGACACAAAGGAACAUUACCAGCACAGAAGUGUGGAUGUAUUCUCCUCAUGAUAUUCCCAGUGAUAUGGAAAUAAGAGCUGAUCUACCAUGUUUAUUAGACGAAGUUAGCAUAUUAGAAACAUCAGAUUUAAAUAUUGCUGCAAAGCAUACGGUGACUGUCUUCGAUAGUCCAACUACUUCUGAGGUUGAGGAAGUAGAGAAGAUUGAGCAAGAAAGCUCUAAGAAAAAACGAUUUGUUUUUGUAAGUCCAUUUGAACGGUAUAAACGAGUUAUACCUAUGCUAGCAGAAGAAGAAGCACGGAAAAUAGAGAAAGAGAGACAAGAAGAAGAAGAUCGUUUGAAUAAAUUGAAGAAAGAAGAAGAGGCGAUUACAGAGAGCAAACAGAGAGUUUAUGAACAUUUUAAGGAAGUUUCUAAAACACAGUCAGAUGAAAACACAUCGGAAUUGUCGAGAAAACCACCUCAGAUUACAUUGAGCCAGCUGCCGGAUCGUAAAAAGAAACGAGAUUCAAAUAUCAAUAAACAUUAUGAAAUAAAAGAGGACAAAGCUGAAUGUAAUUUGUCUACUCCGAUACCGACAUUAGAAACUAGGAUUCCUCAAGGGAUGAAACAAAGAUUAAAUGAAACUGAACGUUUAAGAGAAGAACAAAGUAUACAAGAAACUACGUCAAAAAAUCAAGGAGAAGCUUCGAAUAACAAAUCCGUUAAUUCAUUACGACCAAGAAAAAAGGGGGAGAAACAAAGUGUAAUGAAAGAUUUAGAAAAGAAAGGGAUGAUACCAUCGAAAACGUUCGAUUAUAAAACGGUAGAUUUUAGUACUUUCCAAGGAGGCAGUAAAGAUACGUCUAACCAAGUAAAAUUUGAACAAACAAUGAAGAGGAAAAAAGAAAGAAUUCUCGUCAUGUUAAUUUCUGUCGUACAUAAUCAAGAUUUGGAAGAAAGUACAGACAUAAAUAAAAGUUUGCAGCAUGUUGAUAACAAUUCGUUGGUUUUUGAUAACAACAGUUUGUCCGAUUUUUUGUUUACGCUCUCGAAUUCCUCAACUUUUAUCGAUUCUCGAAUAGAUUCUGACUCAAAUCAAGUGGAUUGUUUUGGUUUAGGAAAAGGAUUAGCUACACUUUUAGGAUGGUUUUUUGUUAGAAACGGAACAAAUGCGGAUGUGGAUGUUAAAUUUUUCCUUUCUUCAAGAAAACAACCACAACGCGUUCGGGUAUCAUUUGGUAAACAAUUUGGUUUGGAGUGGACAGAUUUUCAAAUCGAACGGAGGACAAUCGUGAUAGUUCAUGGAUUCUUAUCCCAUGGCCAACAAUCAUGGAUUACUGAGAUGGAGAAAUCGUUCCUGCAAUGGAGGGACGUUAAUGUCAUAGUUGUAGAUUGGAGUGCUGGAGGUAAUACUUGGAAUUAUUACAGAGCGGUGGUUAAUACAAGACAAAUAGGGUAUAAAAUUUCAAGAUUUUUAGAACGCAUAGAAAAUGCAACAAUUGCUCAAAAUGGUUCCGGCAACGAUAAUUGGGGUCCAUUACAUCUAAUAGGGCAUAGCCUUGGUGCACAUAUUUGCGGUUUCGCUGCGAAAGAGCUAAAAAAGAGACAGAGUAAAUGGAAAGUCCAGAGGAUAACAGGUUUGGAUCCUGCACAACCUUGUUUCAAAAAUGCAGACUCUACGAUGAAGCUUCACAAAUCCGAUGCAUCGUUCGUCGAUGUUAUUCACACCAACGGUAGACUGCUUUCUGAAAUUGGAUUAGGUUUACCAGAACCAAUAGGACAUGUUGAUUUCUAUCCUAACGGUGGUAGAAGUCAACCGGGUUGCCUACGGGUUGAUUCUUCGUAUUUCGAAUACUUACCAAUUCCUAUUCGAGCAAUUAACAAAUCUAUAUGCAGUCAUGGACGUUCGUAUAUUUACUUGACGGAAUCUUUGAUAUCCGAGGUUAGACGCAAUUGUACAUUUUGGGCGCAUCAUUGGAAUUUAUCGUAUCGAAGCUUGAUGCAAACAUCAGCGGAAUCUUGCAACUGGGACAAUUGUACUGAAAUGGGUAUAAAUGCGAUUAAUUAUUCUCAGCGGGGAACGUUUUUUGUCGCUACAUCCGGCGCUGCACCAUUUUGCAUUAACGACACUCGCAUAAUCGAUGAAGUAAUAAUUCAGUUGGAGAGAGAUUACGCAAACGAACUUUACGAUUGAGAUGUAUAAUUACAUACAACAUUUAAGCUAUUAAAUGCAGCUAAGUAUUAUUUACAAUAAAAUUUCGAAAAUUAAACAAGUUAUAUACAUGUCACGCUAGUUAAUUUGAUUAUUUAGCGUGGAUGCUGCGUAAAUAAGCAGUCUUCGAUUAUCUAAAGAAGAAACAACGCCUACUUUCUUCUUCCGUUAAUUAUUUUACAUACGUUUACGUUCUACACAACACUGACUUCGAUUCAUAUUCACACGCACAUACAUAUUUAUAUAUAUUAAUAAUACAAAUGAAUCAUAAAUUAUAAUGCGCAAGUUAUACAAACAGAAAGAUAUACUUCGUUGUACAAAUUUAUUUUUUCAAAUUAUUACAUAUGAUAUUGUGACGAAAAUAUUAACUUUGUUCCAAGUUAAAUUCGUGCAUUCCGCACAAUUUUUAUAUAUUCUAUCAUUGGCACUUUAUUAACGUGAACAAAUAUUUAGUAACUUGCUUUUUAAGAAGAAUGUACCAAACACGUGUACACAUUUAACAAAUAUUCCCGUAGACUAUAACAGCUUUUUUGGUGCGUCGUACUAUUUCGUAUUGUGCAGUAUUCGUUACUACAGUCAAUACGAUUCAGUAUCGAAAUACAACAAAGAAAUGUCGAUCUGUACAGUCAAAUUUAUCAUUUAAAAAUGUUACGUUUGAAUUUCAAGCGUACUUUGGUAGUUUGCGGAUCUGUAUAAUCGAUAUCUUUCAUUGUCAUUCACUCUUUGCAUUUUCAAUUACGUUUCUAUAGUUUUCACGUAUCUCUACACAUAUAUCAUAUCCGCUCCUAUCCCCAUUCUGAUCACAUCGCACUGGCAUUUGCUCUUCUUUUUCCUCGGUUUAGUAUCAGAGGAAAAAAAAAAAAAA